AUGAUCCUCUUGCGCUCUUCACGGCCAAUUGCCCGUGCUUUCGGCCAGCCGUUGCGCUGCGCCGCCCGAGCCGUCUCCACGCUCCCAAACAACCCUCACAUCUACGUCCACACCGACCCGAUAACAUCGACGCACACCCUCACCCUCACGCCGACGACACCGCCCGUCCGCUCGCUCGCGCUCGGCACCACGUCCUCCCUGCCGCCCACGCCCAACAGCUUCCGCGAAAACCACGCCUUCCACGGCAUCCUGCAGUCGGUGCUGGCGGCGCACGCCGUGCACGACCCGGCCGUGCAGUCGCAGGCGGCGGCGUACGCGUCGCAGGCGGGCAGCAUGCUGGGCGGCGGCGGCAUCGUCUUCCCAGCGAACCACCCCUCGCAGCAGUACAGCAGCAACAAGCAGGCCGGCAAGCGCUCGCGGCCCUCGUCGGGCCCCGCGAGCGUGGGCAAGACUGCCUCGUACGCCGCGUCUGCCGGAGGCGCGGGCGGCGCCAGCGCCCAGGGUGGCAGCGGCGGCGGCGGCCGUGGCGGCUGGGUGCACGUCAGCGACCAGCGCAACCCGCCCGACUACGGCCGCAUCGCCUGGCCAGAGGACAUCUUCGGCAGCGUCGAGGUCGACGGCUGCGGCCAGUUUGUCUCCGGCAACGGCAACUACCAGGAGAGCGGCACGUACCGCAUGUGUACUAACGAAGGCUUCCUGGGAUUGAGCCCUUACCUACGCGAGAAGGUCGUCGAGAAGUUGAAGGUGUUGGAGGAGCAGGAGAAGGGGAAAUGA